AAUUUUACCUGCGACAACAAAAAGCCACCAAAUACGGAAGUGGUUCAUCAUUCCCGCGGAGCAGAAAGUGUUUGACGCGACAUAAAGUUGAAAGCAGGAAACCCAGCGUCCGAACUGGAACUAUAUCUACAUCCAGUUUCAGAUCCAUAUUAGAGGAAGAUGGACAAAUACAGGUUCCGACUCAGUGUACUGGCGCUCUAUUUCCUGGUCUGGUCUGGCGUUGCUCUAGACUGUGACUGGGACCAGAGCAUUGAUCCGAAUCAGGGUCUGGACCUGGCGUCUCUCGGCGUCAAAGUGCUCCAACUUGGCCGGCUGGCGGAGGUGAAGGACCCGGAGAGCUGCCGUGCGGCUUGCUGCAACGAACCGAACUGUGACCUGGCCCUGGUGGGUUACCCGCAGGACGGCGGGCCACAGUGCCUGCUGGUGAGCUGUGAGAGCCAGGGCCGGGACGUGUGCGUCCUCCAGCCCAGCUCCCAGUUCAAGGUUUACCGCAGGACGGUGAAGAGGGAAGCCCGCGGGGAGAGGCCGCACAUUGUCCCGCUCCACGGCUCCUGGGAACCACGGACCAACGAGACCAACAACAUUCGCUGUCGUCUGCCGAAGAAAGUGGGCUCAUGUCGGGCGGCGUUCCCAAAGUUUUACUAUAAUGUGAUGAACCAGAGCUGUCGCAGCUUCGUCUACGGUGGCUGUGAGGCCAACGCAAACAACUUUGACUCUCAGGAGGAGUGUGAGGCCACGUGCAGCGGAGUAACAGGUUCAGUUCUCCCUGAUGACUCGACUCCUGCUCCUCAAAUGGCUCUCUCCUUCGAUACAAAUAAGUCUGAAGACGCUGAAGGUCCAGUUGAGUCUGAACCUGCGGCUACAGAGUCUGUUCCCCCUCAGGAGACAGGAAUGUCUGCUGGUGAAUACGAUGAGCACUGCAAGGUGGAGCCUCAGGCAGGUCCCUGCAGGGCAGCGUUUCAGCACUGGUACUACAAUAGUCGGACAGGUAACUGUGAGCCAUUCAUCUACGGAGGCUGCAGAGGAAACAAGAACAACUACAUCAGCAAGGAGAACUGCAUGGCUACAUGUACAGUGUCGGUCCUGCCAUCUUCUAAGAAGUCAUCAGCUGAUGAUGUUGAAUACAAAGAUAAGUGUAUGGCGACCCCUGACCCCGGUCCCUGCCGUGCCGCCUUUCCAAAGUUCUUUUACGACCACAACACAGGCACUUGUCAGUCAUUCAUGUAUGGUGGUUGCCGUGGAAAUCAGAACAGUUACGGCACUGUGGAGGAGUGUAUGAGCCGCUGUAGCAGAGACGGCUCCUUGGACAGUCGUGGUAAAACUCGUAACUCAGCUCCAGCCCUUUUCCUCCUCAUCACCCUUGCGGCCAUCUCAGUUCUGCUCCUGGUGACGCUCGUCUUCAUCUCGCUGAGACGUCACCGUCUGUCCCGCCGUCCGUCUUCCGUCAGUGAUAAGGAGGAGCUCCUUCCAGAUCCAGACGAGCAGUCUUCUGUGGAGUCUCUGACUGUCCCAGAGAGUCCCAGACCUGACAAGGCCUGAGGAGAGACCAUGGAAUUACCUGGGCGGGCAGAGAGUCUGGAGACAGCUAUAUAUAUAUGCCUAAAUGUCACAGUAAAUUGAAUGUCUUUGGAUAAACCAAUAACAUGAAGGUGUAACUCUAAUUAUCAUGAUUGUAGUUUGACAUUUUAUUAUAUUUUAUGAAUGAAACAAUUAAAUAUUUUAUCAAACUGCCUCUUAAUAAAAUCCUAAAUGUGUAAAGAAACUAAGUUUCAAGAAACACUGGAGCCGAAGUUUCCCAUACUGCACCUGGAGAGUGCCAGAUGUGACAGGAAGUGUUUUUACUUUUAUUUUAUUCAGCCUAUGGGAUGAAAUAUGAAACAAACAGGACAAACCUUUUUGGAUUUGAUCUGAAAGGUGGAGUUAAAACUUUUUUAACAGCUGAUACGUGUAAAGAAUGUCAGAGAAAGAAAGUGACUGUUGUAUUUCUGUUUUAUAGACCUAAGGAAUGAUUAAAUGUUCACAUAAUGAAGCUGUUUUUAAAAUGUCUAUCCAGUUUGACUUUUAUUGUAAUGUGAUUCAUUAAUAAUACAAUGUGUAAUGCUGGUUUUAGAUUUGGGCUGUGAUUUGUACCCAAGUCUGAGGUUAAACUGUCUCACCUGUUGACUGUACUCACAUUUAUCAAAUAAAACUCUUCUAUCUCUAA